GCAGAAAAAGAGAAUAAGGGCGUAAUUGAUUUGAUCCCCCGAUGGAGGCUCAAUCCUUCACUUUGCUCAUUUUCUUCCUGGUUGCACUUGCCGGAGCAGAAUUGUCAAAUGGAUCAUCACUUCAGGGAGAGCGGAAAGGUCUUUUCCCCUCAUAUGAUUGUCCACAAUGCAUUAAUACAAAGGAACAUGUGCGAAUGAGUGCUGCUCGUCCUGAUGAGAAAAAUAUUGACAUCCUUGUAACAUAUACUGAUGCUAAUGGUGCUGUUAGAACUAGGAGCAUAAACUCCAAGGACUUGUCAACUUCAUGGGUAUGGAGGUAUCCUAGUAAUGAGGAUGGUGAUCAAAAAAAGAGUGCCAAGGAAGUGGAAGGGAAGUCUCAGAAACCGGAUAAGUUUGACAGCACUGUUGAGCACUCUAACGGCAACGAAAAUCAGUAUGGAGUCAUGGUGGAGCAUAAGUUAGCAUCUGAGCUGCAUCCAAUCAAACUCAAGCGCCAGAGGCUAAGAAACGAAAGAAGGGAACAACGGUCUGCAGAGCUGAUCCAACAAGAUAAGGAAAUUGAAAACCAAAUUCAAGACGCUGCUAUUGAGCGGGCUAAAGAACUUGACACAUCUAGCAAGGGUAAAUACAAUAUAUGGAGGAAAGAAUAUGAAAACCCUAAUUCUGACUCUACCCUUAAACUUAUGCGUGACCAAAUAAUCAUGGCAAAAGCUUAUGCUACCAUUGCAAAAGCUAAGAAUGAAGAUUCUCUGUAUGAUUCUUUGAUGAAACAUUCUAGAGAAAGCCAGCUUGCAAUUGGAGAAGCCACUUCUGAUGCUGGACUUCAACCAAGUGCACUUGACCGAGCAAAGGAUAUGGGCCAUGUUCUAGCUGAUGCGAAGGAUCAGCUAUACGAUUGCAUGACACUAGCAAGGAAACUAAGAGUCAUGCUUCAAUCAGCCGAAACUGGUCUAAAUUUGCUGAAGAAAAGGAGUGCAUUCUUGAUACAGCUGGCUGCUAAAACAGUUCCCAGGCCUUUGCAUUGUCUUCCUUUGCUUCUCACGACAGACUUCUUUCUGCGUCGAUAUGAAGAGAGAGAAUUUCCGAACAAGGAAAAACUUGAAGAUCCUUCUCUAUUCCACUAUGCAAUAUUUUCUGAUAAUGUACUUGCCACUUCUGUUGUUGUGAACUCUACUAUACUGCAUGCAAAGGAGCCUGAAAAGCACGUUUUCCAUAUAGUGACAGAUAAGUUGAACUUCCCAGCUAUGAGAAUGUGGUUCCUUGUCAAUCCUCCUGCUGGUGCAACAAUUAAUGUUGAGAAUGUCGAUGACUUUACAUGGCUUAAUUCCUCUUACUGCCCUGUACUACGUCAGCUUGAAUCUGCUAGAAUGAUAGAGUAUUAUUUCAAGGCACAUCAGUCGAAUUCCCUUACAUCUGGCACUGACAAUCUUAAAUAUAGGAACCCAAAGUAUUUGUCAAUGCUGAAUCAUCUUAGGUUUUACCUUCCUGAAGUAUAUCCAAAGCUGGAGAAAAUCUUAUUUCUGGAUGAUGAUAUUGUAGUUCAAAAGGAUCUGACACUUCUUUGGUCUGUCAACCUACAAGGGAUGGUCAAUGGUGCCGUGGAGACAUGCAAAGAAAGCUUCCAUAGAUUUGAUAAAUAUCUUAACUUCUCUAACCCGAAGAUAUCUGAAAAUUUUGAUCCAAAUGCCUGUGGCUGGGCUUUUGGCAUGAAUGUCUUUGAUUUGAAGGAGUGGAGGAGGCGCAACAUUACAGGAAUAUAUCAUCAUUGGCAAGAAAUGAAUGAAGAUAGAACACUUUGGAAACUUGGCACCUUACCUCCAGGGUUGAUAACUUUCUAUAACUUGACUUAUCCUUUGGAUCGGAGCUGGCAUGUCUUGGGUCUUGGCUAUGAUCCUGCCCUGAACAAAACAGCAAUACGAAAUGGGGCGGUUGUUCACUACAAUGGAAAUUACAAACCAUGGUUGGAUCUUGCAAUUUCCAAGUACAAAUCGUAUUGGUCUAGAUAUGUAAUGUUCAAUGAUUCAUACCUUCAACUUUGCAACAUCAGUGAGUAGUAAAUUCAUGUUUUCGCAAGGCAGUUUUACUUGUAAUCGGUUUCUCUUACUCCUAGCUCAAUAGGAAAAAGGAAAAAGGCUUUACUUUUGUCACUCUUGAAGUUUUCCUGUAUCAAGAAAAUUUGGGAGAGCAUAAGCAAGGAA